CUUGAACACUGCUCCUGUGAUAUAUAAAGACACCAUGGGUAUAUACUUUUAACUAAUUAUUCAAGCAUUCAUACUACUCUUCAUCCACCAUGUUAACCUUCAGUGUCCCCUUCUUCUCUAUGCUCCUCCUCCUCCUCCUCCUCUUUGCCUCCACCACCACCACUGCACAACCAUACAACGCCACUGAUCGCUUCUUCCUCGCCUGCGGUUCAUCCUCAACCACUUCUGACCCGAGAUGGAAUAGUGAUCAGAAUUCCAAAUUCGUGCCUUCCAACAUCAUCACCACUUCGUUUCCUUCCACUCCCUUUCAACCAGAUCCUUCAGUAUCUAGAACCCUCCCUUAUACCUCUGCCCUAAUUUUUAACGCUUCUUCGUUCACUUACACAUUUCCGGUGUCCCAAGGACCCAAAUUCCUCCGCCUGCAUUUCUAUCCUGCCACCUACUCCAACCUCAGACCGGAACGGUCGUUCUUUUCGGUAUCAUCCAAUGGAUUCUCUCUUUUAACCAACUUUAGUGCUUUCCUAGCCACCUCCUAUUUGAAAAGGAAGAGCGUUGACAAAGUAUUCAUCAUCAAAGAAUUCAUCAUCAGUGUAACAGAUGCACAAGUCCUAAACGUUACCUUUACACCCUCACCCAACUCAUAUGCCUUCAUCAAUGGUAUUGAAAUUGUUUCAAUGCCGGAAACUCUAUACUCUAGCAGUGGUGGCUUGAAUUACGUCGGUGUAGAUACAGGACCUGUAAUUAACAGCAACAUGGCGCUUGAUAAUAUUUACAGGCUAAACAUGGGUGGGGGACAGAUAUCAGGUACUGAGGAUACUGGUAUGUACCGGUCAUGGGAACAAGAUAUUAACUACAUAUACGGAGCAAUUGGGAAGACACCUAAUUAUGAUCCAAAGGAGCAGAUUAUGUAUACCAACAAGACACCAAGUUAUACUGCACCUGAGCAAGUUUAUCGAACCCAAAGGAGUAUGGGCAAACUGUCUGACAAGUACAAUCUGACUUGGAUACUUCCCGUUGAUUCUGGGUUUUAUUACAUGCUCAGGCUCCACUUUUGCAACAUUAUACAUCAAUACACAAAACCAGGUCAGGUAGUUUUCAUGAUCUUCAUUAAUAAUCAAACUGCUGAUAAAGAAAUUGAUCUGUUCGACUUAACCCAAGGUAGUGGUUAUCCUGUAAUCAAAGAUUACAUUGUGUUUGUCACUGACCCGGAUCGCAGCAGAGGCAAGCAAGAUUUGUGGGUCGCACUGCAUCCUAGUCCCUCUACUGGCGAAUAUCAUGAUGCUUAUUUGAACGGUUUGGAAGCCUUCAAGCUAAGUACAAAUAGGAGUCUUGUUAGCCCGAACCCGGAACUUAUCUCUACAACCCCACCACCCGGGCCAACACCUCCUGUAAAUAGGAACAAGAAGAAACCUCCAUAUGCCGCGAUAAUUGGAGGUAUUGGAGGAGCGUUAGUCUUGUUGUCUAUCUUACUUCUCAUAUUUUUCCAGAAACGAAGGCGAUCCAAACGCAGUGAUGCCACUGACAACAAGUCAUCAUAUUCAACACUGCCUUCAGAUCGAUGCCGUCGCUUCUCACUUACAGAAGUGAGAGCAGCUACGAAUGACUUUAAUGACGAUUUUGUCAUUGGCAUUGGAGGGUUUGGCAAGGUGUACAAAGGGCAUAUAGACAACGCUGUUGCAAUCAAACGGCUCAAUGAAUCAUCCAACCAAGGAGUUCAAGAAUUCCAUGCGGAAAUAGGGUUCCUCUCUAAACUACGCCAUGUCCAGUUAGUGUCCCUGAUUGGAUACUGUGACGAAGAGGGGGAGAUGAUACUGGUCUAUGAGUACAUGGCUAACGGGACUCUACGUGACCACCUGUACAAGACAAACAACCCUCCUCUGUCAUGGAAAAGGCGUCUCCAGAUUUGCAUCGGUGCAGCAAAAGGGCUGCAUUAUCUCCACACGUGUUCAAAACGUUUAAUAAUUCAUCGGGAUGUCAAGUCCACAAAUAUCUUACUGGAUGAAAAGUGGGUUGCUAAGGUAUCUGAUUUUGGUUUGUCAAAGCUAGGCCCUAGAGACCAAUCACAAAAACAUGUUAGCACGAUGGUGAAGGGUAGUUUGGGGUAUCUGGAUCCCCAAUAUUACCGAAGCCAACAACUCACGGAGAAAUCUGAUGUGUACUCAUUUGGAGUUGUUUUGCUUGAAGUGUUGUGUGCAAGACCUGUUAUUAAUCCCAAGCUGCCCAGAGAAGAAGUGAAUUUGGCAGAGUGGGGAAAAUCUUGUUACCAGAAGGGGACCCUCAACAAAAUAAUGGAUCCAAAUGUAAGCAGUGUGAUUGCACCAGAGUGUUUAAAGAAGUUUGGAGAGGUGGCAGUUAGUUGCUUGAAAGAUGAAAGAAAUGAAAGGCCAGCAAUGGAAGAGGUAGUUUGGGGACUAGAGUUUGCAUUGGAGCUACAAGAAGCUGCUGAUAAAACGGUUGGUGAAGCCGUGUCUGAAAACAAAGAACUUCUCUUUCCGACGCAAGGAUAUACAACAACAGACGAUGAUGUGUUGACAGGAUCAAGCACGAUAAGAAAUGGCAUGUCAUCGUUUAGUAACACCAAAGAAGAGUUCAAGUCAGAAACAGUUUUCUCUGAGAUUCAGAUGCCCGCUGGAAGAUGAUGUGGAAGCUGGGAUUUUAGAGCCAAAUCAACAAGUCUUUAUCAUAUAAAUUUUAAUUUUGAAUAUUUUGAUGAUUAAUUUUAGAAGAAUAGUAUGUAAUUUGCAUUAAUCGUUUCCUUUACAUGUUGAUGUAUAAUAGCGUCAUGUAAUGAAUAGACUUCAUACAAUCUGUAACGAAGUCAACAAGUCAAAGUUGGUAUGAUAAAGAUGAAUUAUUAAAGUGAUAAA